CAGCCAUGCAAACCUGUUUAAUCGCGCUACUGCUCAUCGCCGCCGCCUCGGCCGCCUCCACGGCCUCCAAGGCUGACAAUGGCCUCGCCGACUUGAUGGUCAGCCUGGCGAGGGGCUGCGGCCCCCAGGCCGACGGGGCCCCCGACUGCCUCCGCGCCCUCAGCCGCUCGCUCUCCCUCAACCUGGACAAGUGGCGCGCCAAGGACGUGCACCUCGGCGACUACGUCGUCCUUGCCGCUGCCCCCGACGCCUCCAGGACACCCAGAACUUUCAACCUGUCUGGAGGUGGCACUACCUCCGACUACCUCAACAUGAUCACAGAGUUUCUGGCGUCGAGGACACUUCAGGUGCGCUUCCCCAAGGAACUCGUCCCCGCCAACAUUGAAGAGGCAAGGGGUAAACUGAAGAAGAUGGGCGGCACCCUGCUGGCCGGUCUGAUGAUGAUGAAGGGCACGUUGGGCGCGUUGGCCUUUGGCGCCCUGGCCCUGAUUGCCGGAAAGGCCCUGCUGCUGUCGGUGCUCGCUCUGACCCUGGCCCUGAUAUCCGCCUUGAAGAAGGUCAGCUCAGGUCACCACAGCGAUCACCGCCGGUCCGGCCGACGGGCCGACGAGGAGAGCAACGAGUGGAUCGGCUCGGCCACCGUCGCCUCGGAGCACAAGGGGGGCGUCGCUGCCACGGCCCACUAUUUGGCCUACAGAAACCAACAGCCCUACGAGUUCAACAAGUCGUGAAGAGCGUUAAAUCGGUUUAAUUAAUUUAUUUAUUUAUUGGUAACAAAAAUUUUGGUGCUUGUGUGAGCAAAAGUGGUGAUUGUUGUAAUUUAUUAUUUUUCCAAGCUCAAUUUAUUCUACUAAAAAAAGUUUAUAAAACAACUUUAAACUGUUCUCAAAGCGAUUUGUGAUGGAAAUUAGUUUUAUCAAAUUGUUUGAAUUUUUCCUGAUUCCAAUGAAAUUUUUACCUUGUUGACAAAGUUAAAUCUAGUUUUUACAACAAUAUGCGCCAUUUUAGGCAAUUAUUCAUUAUGCUAUAGCAAUUGGAAAUUUUAACAUCGUUGUUGUAAACACUUGAUUUGACAUUUUCAAUAAGGAGUUCUUAAUUAUUUUCUCUAAUUUAAUUCCUUCUUCUUUAUCUUUUUAUUCCUUGUACUUUUUCUAUAAAAAAAACCCCACCAAAGAUUUCACCAUUUCUCACUACUUUCUUGUUCAAUUUUUCUGAAUAAAAAUAAAACUCUAUGA